CGGCCGUGGGGGACGAGAACCGCAUCGUGGGGGGUCAGAGCUGUCAGAAGAAGCGUCACCCCUACCAGGUUGUCCUCUUGGGACCUCAGAAGAACAUCCAUUGCGGUGGGGUCCUCAUCGGGAGGUCCUGGGUGCUGACGGCCGCCCACUGCGACACCAAGAG